AAUAAACCAGUGUAUUGAUUAAAGAUUACCAGUAUAAACCACUAUACCAGUUUAAAUUUAACUUUACGCAAAGUGUAAACAUACUACGAACUGACAUUUACCAAAAAAAAAAAUGAAUUCGUGGUAUCUUGCAAUUCUUGUGAUUGUGUUUUACGAGGUAGGAUUUUGCACUGCUGGUGAAAUUCCAUCCGUCGACACCAAGUUAGGCACUAUCACAGGAUUAAGAAAGACUAUAACGUUUUUAGGGAACGAUCACACCGUUGAUAGUUAUCUAGGUAUUCCCUAUGCCAAACCUCCAGUGAAUGAAAGACGCUUUCAAAAGCCCGAGCCGCGCGAGCCCUUCUCGGAACCUUAUCAGGCAAACAACUUCGGAGCUGCCUGUCUGCAGUUCAGCUGGUUUGAGGAAAUAACAGAUUCCUCAGAAGACUGUCUCUUUUUGAAUGUUUACGUGCCGAAUUCAAAACCUGAUGAAUCAGGUGGACAUGCGGUUAUGCUCUUCAUACACGGAGGCGGGUUUACUCUUGGUACCGGAAACACUUACGUAGGGGAAACAUUAGCUUCGGUUGGAAAUAUCAUAGUUAUUACCAUCAACUAUCGCCUUGGAUUAUUCGGAUUUUUGGACUUAUAUGAUGAGGACGGUCCAGGGAAUUUUGGACUAUGGGAUCAACAUCUUGCCCUACAGUGGGUAAACGAAAAUAUCGCGGCUUUUGGAGGAGAUAAUGCCCGUGUAACGCUUUUUGGCGAAUCUGCCGGUUCUACAGCCGUUGUUCUUCAGGCUUUGUACCCUGGAAACAAAGGUUUAUUCCGGAGUGCUAUAGCAGAGAGUGGUGCUAUAACCAUGCCUUUCACAGUACCUUAUAAUCACAUCAAGCCAGCAACAUACUUUGCAGAAAGCAUGAACUGUAAUGUGGAAAACAAGGCGGAAAUGUUCCAGUGUCUGCAGCAGGCACCAGCGGAGAACGUUUUAAAAGUUAUUGUGGACACCAUAACCGAAGACUUCAGCGGCGGAUCGGUCAAAGUCACACUGAAUCCUAGUGUAGAUGGCGAAUUCAUAAAAAGACGUCCAGCUGACAUGUACAUUGAAGCGAAAACUGAAAUACUAGAAGAAGUAGACUUUUUCAGAUCUAUAACUUUCAUGAAUGGCAUCAAUGCUGCAGAAGGAGCAGUUUUUACCAUCAUGCACGCAGAUCCGCAAAAUAUAGACAGCUUUAAGGUAUCCCGUGAACAAAUGAAUAACCAGGUGAUGCCUGCAGCAGCUGCAUUAGCUUUUAGUUUUAAUCGGACAGUAACAGAUGCUCUAAAACAACUGCUUUUGUUCGAAUACACAGAUUGGAAGAACCCUGACGACCCUGAUAGAAUACGUGACCAGCUUGUUCGAUUUUACAGUGACGUAUUUUUCAAUGUCCCUGCAAUGGAAUUAAGUCGUCUUCACGCGAAUGGUACGAAUGCGGGAAGUUAUGUGUAUAAUUUCCGUGCCGAUGUCGGCGGACACUUAUAUCCAACUCCGAGCUGGGCCAGGCAGACAAACCAUGGAGACGAACUCGGUCCAGUGUUCGGCUACAACUUCCGGUACAACAAGAUACUGGGUAUUUCGACUUACACACCAACAGAGAAGGAACUGAGGCUUUCAAAUAAGGUUAUGACCUACUGGUCAAAUUUUGCUAAAACUCGAAACCCUAACGAACCAAAGACUGAUUCUACCGGCAAGGUCUGGCCCAUUUACACUACAGCAUCACAGGACUAUUUGAUCAUCGAUGAGGAGGACUCGAUUGGCCAAUUUAUGUAUGUGCGAGAGUUGGAGUUUUGGCGGAAGACACUGCCCAUGUUUUUCGAGGCCAUUGAUCAUAAGUCAACUGUAUCAUCAUCACCUUCAUCUAAAGACGGGCACUGUGAGAAAGAUGGGCCUUGCAAUUGAGAAUAGAAAUGUCAGAUAUGUUUUAGCUCACCUGAGCAAUGCUCAGGUAAGUUAUUGUGAUCGCUCGAUGUCCGUCGUCCGUCGUCUGUUAACAUUUAGCUUGUGUAUGCAAUAGAGGCUGCGUUUUAACUUGAUCUUAUGAAAUUUGAUCAGAAUGAUUACCUUGAUGAAAUCUAGGUCAAGUUCGAAUAUUGAUCAUCACGAUCAAAAACUAGGUCACUCGGUCAAAUCAAAGAAGAACCUUGUGUAAUAGGGGCUGCAUUUUUCACUGGAUCUUCAUGAAAUUUCAUCAGAAUCUUGAUGAAAUUUAGGUCAAGCUUGAAUAUGGGUUAUCUGGAGUAAAAAACUAGGUCACCUGGUCGAAUCAAAGAAAAACAUUGAGUAUGCAAUAGGGGAUGCAUUUUUCACCGAAUAUUCGUGGAAUUUGAUUGCAUAUCGGGCUGGUGUUUCUUGCACACCGGACUGGGGUUUCCGGCGAUUUUACCAAUGCCGGCAAAACCCAUCUGGCACCUCCCAUGCCAGAUGACUCUCGUGCUGUUAAUGACAACUAGUGGUUGAUGCACUGAUAAUAUAUUGUUUAUGAAAAAAUCAGGUACCUUGAUAGUUUCUCUCCAUUCCUUAUAGUAUAUUUCUCGAUUCAAAAUACGUUAGUUUACCGUAAGAACAUAGCGUUACGCUACAAAUGAUAAAACUAAUGUGGAACUUUGUUAUUGUGUGUAACGCAAAACAUUAUGACGUCACUUCUGCUUACGGCCGUUAAUUUCCCGCGCUUUGUGUUCAUUCUCUACUAUAAGAAAGAGUGCUACGUAAGUAUUUCUACCUGUUAUUUCUAAAAUACAGUAUAGAAGAAAAAUUAUCUGCCAGAAUAAAAUGCCAACAUGCAUACGAUAUGCAAGAAAAAAUAUCAGUCAUGUGUUUACGAAUCGGGUAGAAAUAUCCGUCCCUCGGCCACCUGCGCAUGGGCGGUAAAUCGGCAAGCCUCAUUACCGCCCAAUGCGCAGGUGCCCUCAGGAUGGAUAUUUCUAUCCGAUGCGUAAACACAUGAUAGAUAUUAUUAUUCGUGUGAUUUUACUCGUGCGGCAAAACCCAUCUGGCACCCCCCCACAUGCCAGAUGACUCUCGUGCUGUUAAUGACAAGAAGUGGUUCAUGCACGGAUAAUUUAUUGUUCAUAUAAAAUACGAAAAAUGCAGGUACCUUGAUAGUUUCUCUCCGUUCCUUGUAAUAUAUUUCUCGAUUCAAAAUACGUUAGUUUACCGUAAGAACAUAACGUUACGCUACAAACGAUAAAACUAAAGUGGAACUUUGUUAUUGUGCGUAACGCAAAACAUCAUGACGUCAUUUCUGCUUAGGGACGUUAAUUUCCCGUGCUUUGUGUUCAUUAUCUACUAUAAGAAAGGGUGCUACGUUAGUAUUUCUACCUGUUAUUUGUAAAAUACGGUAUGCAAGAAAAAUAAUCUGCCAGAAUAAAGUACUAACAUGUAUACGAUAGGCCUAUGCAAGAAAAAAUAUCAGUCAUGUGAUUACGAAUCGGAUAGAAAUAUCCGUCGCGAUGGCCUCCUUUCAAAAUUGUUCAAAGAAUUGAAUUCCAUGCAGAACUCUGGUUGCCAUGGCAACCGAACGGAAAAACUUUAAAAAUAUUCUUGUCCAAAACCACAGGGCCUAGGGCUUUGAUAUCUGAUGUAUAGCUUCAUCAUCUAGUGGUCCUCUACCAAGAUUGUUCAAAUUAUCCCCCUAGGGUCAAAUAUGGCCCCGCCCCGGGGUCACAUGGUUUAUAUAGACUUAUAUAGGGAAAACUUUGAAAUUCCUCUUGUACAAAACCACAUGGCCUAGGGCUUUGAUAUUUGGCAUGUAGCAUUAUCUAGUGGCCCUCUACCGAGAUUAUUCGAAUUAUCCCCCUAGGGUCAAAUAUGGCCCCGCCCCGGGGGUUACAUGGUUUAUAUAGACUUAUAUAGGGAAAACUUUGAAAAUCUCCUUGUAUAAAACCACAUGGCCUAGGGCUUUGAUAUUUGGUAUGUAGCAUCAUCUAGUGGUUCUCUACCAAGAUUGUUCAAAUUAUCCCCCUAGGGUCAAAUAUGGCCCCGCCCCGGGGGUCCCAAGUUUUACACAGACUUAAAAAUCUUUUUGUCUGAAACCAAAACACUUAGACCUUGAUAUUUGGUUUGUAGCAUUGUCUUAUGGUCCUCAACCAAAAUUGUUCAAAUUGUACACCUUGGGUGAAAAGAGGCCCCUCUACCAAGAUUGUUCAAAUUAUCCCCCUAGGGUCAAAUAUGGCCUCGCCCCGGGGGUCCCAAGUUUUAUAUAGACUUAUAUAGGAAAAAGGUUUAACAAUCUUCUUGUCUGAAACCAUACGACCUAGGCUUUGAUAUUUGGUAUGGUGCAUGGUCUAGUAGUCCUCUACCAAAAUUGUUCAAAUUAUGCCCCUGGGGUUAAAAGAGGCCCCGCCUUGGGAUCACUUAGUUAUUAUGUGAGUUAUAUAGGAAAAAUACUAAAAAAUCAUCUGAUCCUAUUCCAAGACUGUUUAAUUAUAAUUACCUGAUGACCCCAGGUAAUAUGAUGUCACUUGACUGUGACCAUGACCUACUGACCUACUUUCUUGUUUUUUAAGAUACAGCCUUGAAAUUUUGAUGACAUACACAGUUUUGCACACAAAUCGCAAAACUGAAUUUCGUUGAGCAUGAAUGUGACCUACUGACUUUCUUAAUAUUUUAUCAUCAUUUUGGCAUUUGAAACAUGUAGCUCAUAUUACUCAGGUGAGCGAUCCAGGGUCAUAAUGACCCUCUUGUUUGACAUUUAUUUAUAUGUUUAAGGGUAUAUCUAGCUGUCGACAAUCAUUUGCACAGGGUAUCUGUUUUGUUCUACAUGUUUUUGUUCUUAAAUAAACAAGCUAAGUGUUUUAUA